AUGCCCGCCCGCCGCCCUCUCCCUCCCCGUCCCCGACGACGUCCUCUCUCGUCGCACACCGCCUCGGCACCAUCGACCGCCUCGGGCCUCCCACCACCUCCCGCUCUCCUCGCGACAAGCAAGCACGUCUACAACGCCCUCUGCUCCCAAAAUGCACCCACUCUCUACAACGACAUCUUCUGCACCAACUUUGACCACCGCGCUGCGUCUCGCCGCCUCGGCACCCGUGCGACCCGCUCGCGCUUCUGUACCGCCCAGCUCAAGAAGUGGCGACAUCUACGCACCAACACUCGAGGCGAUCUCUGGACUGCUUUCAUGAUGAUGACAGAGAACGACGGCAAGAACUACUCUCAGCUCGAGUGGGCCGGGCUGGACAGGUUCGCGGAGGCAGUCAUCGUGAACCGCUCAUGGGAGAAUCGCCAUAUGCAUCACGGCUGGCCGGCCGAGAGCACCGUCAACUCGCUGGCCAUCUGGUCGUUGUUCGUGAUGUUGGACACAGACAAGCUCGCGGCCCUUUCCCAAGACCGCAGGAAUGUUAUCAUCGAGCGUAUUCGUCCGUACGUCGUCACCGCGCUGCGCUAUCCCUCGUUCCACGCUCCCGACAAGCACUUCUCCUUCCCGCUCCCCGAUAACCUUGAGGGCGACUACCCGUACACGCUCAUGACACCCCACGGAUUCUACCCGCAAUAUCGGCAUCCGGACCAUCUACGCGAGUACCUCCCACAGUUCGGCAUUAAUAUCGUGAUCAGCGCGCCGCUCAUCGCGCAGAGCUCCCGCUCAACCGGGACCACGCAGUCGCGCUGGGCGCACGUUCAUCGCACCUACGAUCGCGGACAUGACGAGGCGAACGCGCACCGUGCCGUCACGCUCGCUCCGCACGGUUCGUGGGACUGGCGCGAGCAGCUCGAUGCCGAGCAGGGCGAGCUGGAGGACGACGGAGGCGUCGUGUACACGCUCGGCUCGCUCAACGGCCUCUGGCAGGGUCGGCUCCUUGUCCCGGACGUGAACCAGUACGAGGCGCUCCCGGCGGAGGCUGGGCUGCCCCAGUUCGACGGCGACAUCGACGAGGGCAUCUGCAACGCGUGGUUCCCGAAGGUGAGCAUCACGGAGCACGGCGGGCGCGUGCGCAUCGAGGACGAGCGUAGGAGGCAGGGGCGCCCGAACGGACAUGACGAGGCGACGUGCACGCAGUGCAUCCUGCGGAGGGAGGACGAGGAGGCUGAGAUGGCGGCGAGGGUACGGAUCAAUGCGCGUGCGGCGAGCGGCGAGCCUGUCGACGACGGGCACCACCAUCACCACCACCACCACCAUCAUCAUCAUCACACCACUACGUCCCCCACGACGAUGACGACCCCGAGGCGUCCGACGUCGACAUGGACGCGGUGCGCGAGCUCGCACAGAACCGUGCGGACGCGCAGAAGCGCUUGGCCAGAACCCCGACGCGAUCAUCGACGAGGUCAUGGACGAUUCGGAGUUGAAUACGCGGACGACGAGUACGCGGAAGACGAGAGCGAAGACGAGGUCGAGGAGUACAUCCACAACACGUGCAACGGCGUGUGCGACAUCAUCAUCACCGGCGAGGGGUACAUCGUCGGCGGGGUGAACUUCGUGGGCAGCUGGCGCGCGUACGCGCAGAACCCGCAUGCGAUUCCGCUCGAGGGCCCGUUCAUCGCGAGCAAGCGUGCGGACGCGUGA